AAGACGACGCAUUUGCGUUCGAUCAGUUAUAGAGGACGGUUGCUUGCGUAGUACGAUAGCGAAUAGUGAUUUUUGUUCUCUGAUAAAGUUCUGUAGUGCAAACAAGGCUUCUUUCAAAAUGCUGAAAGUAGCACUGCUGACAGUUCUGUUCUUUUGUGGGGUCAUAGCAGAAAAAUGUGAAGAUGAUAAGCAAGAGCAGUGCUUAGCAUCUUUUGAUCAGGACAAAGAUUGGAAGUUAGCUACUACAAUUUAUGACUUUCAUGCUAAAGACAUCCAUGGCAAUGAUGUGUCAUUAGACAAAUAUCGUGGACAUGUUUGUAUAAUUGUUAAUGUUGCUAGUGGUUGUGGACUGACAGACACGCAUUAUAAAGAGCUGGUACAAUUGUAUGAAAAGUACAGUGAAAAAGAGGGUUUAAGGAUUCUAGCAUUCCCUUCAAAUCAAUUUGGUGGCCAAGAACCAGGCACUUCCCAAAAUAUCUUAGACUUUGUCAAGACAUAUAAUGUUACUUUUGAUAUGUUUGAAAAGAUUGAUGUUAAUGGAGAUGAAGCUCAUCCAUUAUGGAAAUGGUUGAAAACACAAGCAAGUGGAUUCAUCACUGGCAGUAUCAAAUGGAACUUUACCAAAUUCCUUGUUAACAAAGAGGGAAAAGUUGUUUCCAGAUAUGGCCCCACUACCAGCCCCCUUGAAAUUGAAUCCGAGUUGAAGAACUACUUUUAAGUUCUUUCAUACUUUUUCGUAAUAUUCGUUGUUUCCGAGACAAUAUCCUGUUUU